AUGUGUGGCGGGAAGAAAAAAGUGAACCGUUAUGAAGAAGAGGACCCAAAAAAGUACUCUGAUUUAGUAAGGUCUGUCUUGUCAUUCAGAGGCCACGCUCAGACUCCACAGCCUUUGUUCGAGGAAGAUGCUUUACUCUAUGGACCUGUGAGGAAGUGUAAGGCCCCAAAGCAAGAAGAAGGGGCAGGAGGUCCACGAAACUGGGGUCCUCUCUUCAAUCCGGAGAAAAGCAGAAAACCAAAUGAUCCUACAGUUCCUCUGAAAAUCCCUUUGCAAAGGAAUAUGAUACCAAGGGUGACCCGAGUCCUUCAGCAGACCAUGAACUCAGAACAGAUUUCCUGUUUGGAGAGGUGGAAACAGUGGAUGAUUCUGGAACUGGGAGAGGAUGGUUUUGCAGAAUAUACUUCAAACAUGUUUUUACAAGGGAAAUGGUUUCAUGAAGCCUUGGAAAGCAUACUUUCACCCCAGGGGAACUUAAGAGAGAGAGAUGAAAAUCUCCUCAAAUCUGGCUACAUCCAAAGGGUCCAGCAUGUUCUGAGAGAUGUCAGUGGAGUGUGGGCUCUGGAAAAUGCUGUUAGACGUGAGACCCUAAAGUAUGUAGGUCUGCUGCACUGUGUGGCUGAUUAUCAGGGAAAGCUGUGUGUGACUGAUCGGAAGACAUCUGAGAAACCAAAGCCUUUCAUCCGAAAUACAUUUGACAACCUGCUGCAAGUCGUGGUGUAUGUCAGUGCCAUAAACCAUAAGGCCAACUACAGCUUUCAGGUUCAGUGUGGCUUGAUCGUGGUGGCCUACAAAGACGGGUCCCCCGCCCACCCACAUUUCAUGGAUGCAGAGCUCUGCUCCCAGUACUAG